AUGGCAGAUGAGAUCGCCAAGGCUCAGACCGCCCGGCCUGGUGGCGAUACAAUCUUCGGGAAGAUAAUCCGGAAAGAAAUCCCAGCCAAAAUAAUUUUUGAGGAUGAGCGGUGCCUCGCUUUUCAUGACAUUUCACCUCAAGCGCCAAUACAUUUUCGGGUGAUACCUGAGAAACCUAUUACCCAGGUUUCUGUAGCAGAAGAUGAUGAUGAAAGCCUCCUUGGACAUUUCAUGAUUGUUGGCAAGAAAUGUGCUGCUGAUCUGGGCCUGCAAAAGGGUUAUCGAAUGGUGGUGAAUGAAGGUUCAGAUGGGGGGCAGUCUGUUUAUCAUGUUCAUCUCCAUGUUCUUGGAGGCCGGCAGAUGCAUUGGCCUCCUGGUUAA